AGACAGGUGAUUACAAUGAACUUAAUUAAGACACAUGUGAUACAAGGUUAACUCAUAAUGACAUAAGGGCAGGAACAGGAAAACCAUAUAUGGGCACAAGAGGGAAAAACCAAUACAAAGUGUUCAGGGGUGUGACAGUUUGCCCCCCUCUGGAAGGCGCGACCUCAUGCCAUAGAGAAAAAAGGGAGGGACGGAGGGAGACUUAGGAGGAGGACAAAGGAGUGGAUGUGGGAUGGUGACAGGGGAUGGCGAAGGGCUGGCAGGAAGUCAGUGCCGGAGGAGGCUCUGGUGCAGGACGGACUCCCGGGAGGAAGACGAUAACCAAGGUCCAAGGAUGAGGGAGGAUCUUGAAAGUGGUGAAGAAGUAGCCACCUGUCCGAGUUGCUCACUUAUAGUAAAAGUGAUCUAUGAUAAGGAGCAGUUCAUGUGUGGAGAAGUAAUUGAAGCACCAAAAACAUCAGAAAACAAACUGGAGCUGGCCCAGAGUUGAGACACUAACAUCGGCAUGACUCUUUCAGCUGAUCCUUGCUCUGAUAACGGACUUAAUACGCACAUCUGUCAUUUCACUGUUACUCACUACAUAUGCAGAUCUUUUGUGAGGAAAGUGACCACAUGGACUUGACACAUUUAGCACCAAGAUUUUGCACACAAGUUAUUAUUCUGUUAUUUAUUUUUUUUAAAAACUUUUAAAAAUAUGCCCUGUUCUUGUUUAAAAAUAAAUUUUUAGGAAUUGAGAA